GCAGGAAGAUGAAGACUUUCUUUUGCUCCAAAGAAAUAGAGGACGUCCAGGUAGUAUGUAUGGUGCCGAUACUGUACUCACAAGAAAAGAAAAACGCAAAGAGCAACGAAUGGAAGAAGAAAGAAAGCGCGUUGAAAAGCAUUUAGUUCAUACUAAUUAUGCUCUUGAAGUCUCUGAUACCGAGGAUGCUGAAAAGGAUAUUUCAGCUGGCGAAGAAAAUGCAGCAAAAGAUAUGAAUGAAGACGAAGAUACAGACGGAAGUAACAUUAAUUUACUACCGAAAAAGGCAAAUCGAGGAAAAAUUAAUUUUAUUGAUGAUAGAAUGCUUGCGUGCAUGGACAAAUGUAACCUCUCAACAAGAGAUGCCAUGCAUUUGGUGAGUGCAACGGUUGCUGCCUUCAUAAAUACCAUGCAAAAUGUUAAUGGAACGCCGUCAAUAAAAAUGGAAGAUUUAAUUCUUAAUUGAACAACAUUACAUUCGAUGAGGAGAGAUUACCGUCGCAGACAAGCUCAAGAGAUUAUUAAUGGAUUCAAUGUAAUGGUUUUACUGAGUAUGUUUAUAAGAUUUUGGAUUCUUGACCUUUAUUUUUACUUGUUUGUAGAUUCCCGACGUUUUUGUCCUUCACUGGGAUGGCAAGCUGCUUGCAGAAAUCCGAGGCACAGAAAAGAAAGAUAGAUUGUCUCUCGUUGUCAUAGGAGAAAAUAUGGAAAAACUGCUGGGGAUACCAAAAAUUUAAAGUUCAACGGGAGAUGCAAUAGCUGCAGAAAUACAUAAUUUUUUGUGCAAGUGGAAGCUCGAUGAUUUAGUGGAAAUUGUAUCAUUUGAUACAACAGCUGCUAAUACGGGAGUUAAUAAUGGAGCAGCGUUCUUGCUUGAAAAAAGGUUGGGCCGAAAUCUACUUUUCUUUCCCUGUCGUCACCAUGUUAGUGAGUUGCUAGUCAAAGCAGUGUUCGAACUAAAUUUUGGCAAAUCAUCAGCACCGGAAGUUCCCUUAUUCAAUCGUUGCUCUAACAGCUGGAAAAACAUUAAUUCUAAGUCAUUCAAAAGUGGAAUAUCGGAAAAUGAAGUUCGGAAAGUCUUUACAAUAGCUGAAGUGGAAAUAUUUAAGAAUUUUUGUCUAACUG